AAGCUCUCACGCUGAAAUCUCGCGUUGUUUCCGUUCUGUCGUCGGGGAUAUUUCCAUUUCUAUUAAUUUUUUCUCCUGCGCGCUACCGUGCAGAGGGAGAUUCGGGAGCGCGCAACUGCAGCAGAUCGUCGCGCGGAGGGCGGGGGAGCGCGCGUGCUCCUCUUCAUCGGCGCUCAUAGAGAAAAUCUGCCAGCAGCAGCGGAGCGGAGAACCGAACCUGUGCGGGAUCCGAACCGGACCAGGGUCCGUAGAACCGAGCCGCCGGUAGACCUGCAGGUGAACCGCAGAGACCCGGAUCCUGAUCGGAGCCGCAGAGCCGCAGCCCGAACCGGAGCAGCUCCGCCUGCGUUCCUUCCUCGGAUCUAAAGCUCGGAACCUGCGGUGGAAGAGCGGCCCGGAUCCGGAUCCCUGAGACCGCCGCCUCUCCCAAUGGGUCAGAACCGGGCUGCUGGUCCCACAGAACCCCAAAGACUCCUCUCUCACCUGCGCGCACCUGAGCCGACCUGCGAGGGCCGGAUGAUGUAGGCGCCGCUGCCCCAGCAGCAGCAGCAGGUACCGACCCAAAAUCCAGGAUCCAGGUGUCAGCAGAACCCAGGUCUCUGGAGCCCAGGUCUCAGCCCCCCAGGUCCCCGGUCCACAGAAGCACCAUGCCGGCGGGGAUGAAACCGCUGGAGAAGUUCCUGAAGAAGCAGACCACCGCUCUGACCCGGGCCGGGGGGUUCGGAGGGGUCGGGGACAAGGCCAGCGGGACCGGAGCGUCCCGCCGCAGGGCCAGCCUGUCCCGGGUGGUCCCGUUCUUCAGGGAGACCUCACCUGAAAGCGGCCACGUCCGGGAGGUGUUCAGCCCUGACAGCGAGGACCCCCCCUCCUGGCCCUCAGCUGCAGGAACCGGGCCGGCCACAGUUCCCUGCAGCGCCAACGGCUCCAGCUCUGGACCCGGCUCUGGUUCUGGUUCUGGGGGAGGAGACGUCCGCAGUCCUUCUCUGUCCAGCGACGAACAGAGCUCUGAGGCCAGCCUCAUCACGGAGACCAGCUGCGUGGGAGGAGGAGGAGGAGGAGGAGGAGGAGGAGGGACGCCUCUUCAUCCUGAUACUCCAGAUAACCUGACGCUGGCCGUCCUGGAUGGAGUCGCUGGGAAAAGAUUUGGACACUGUUCAGAAACCCUGCUGGAUGACUUCAUGUUGACACAUCCCAUCUUCCUGACGGCGGACAGGCUCCAGCAGGUCCUGCUGCAGCAAUUCACCUUGGAGGCGGAUGGAGGAGGCGGCGAGCGGAGAGAUGGAGAGGCGCAGAUGAGCGCAGCAGAGAGGAAGCAGGCCGUGUUGAACAUGGCCUUCAGGUACCUGGACACCUACAGAGAGCUGCUGCAGGAGGAAGGAGAGCGCAGCAACAGCUUCCCAAAGGAGCUGUACUCGUGUGCGGUGAAGGAGCUGACUCGGUACCCCGAGCUGGUGGAGGACGUCCUCAAGCUCCAGCGAUGGACCGAGAUCCUGCACUGCCCCUCCGAUGAGGAGAAGGAGAGCAGGAAGAAGCAGGUCCGUCCACUCUUCAGACACUUCAGACGUAUCGAUGCGUGUCUGCAGCCCCGCGAGGCCUUCAGAGGCUCAGACGAAAUCUUCUGCAGGGUGUACACCCCGGAUCACUCAUACGUCACCAUCCGGAGCCGCCUGUCCUGUCGGGUCGGAGAGAUUCUGGCGCUGGUCAAAGAGAAGCUCCAGUACAGUGAAGACCAACCAGUUCUACCGGGGAACCUCAUACUGGUGGCCGUCACCUCAUCCGGAGAAAAAGCCGUUUUCCGUCCAAGCGACGAGGCCGUCUUCACCACGCUGGGAGUCAACACCCACCUGUUCGCCUGUGAACCCUCUGAACUGGACUCCCUGCUUCCUCUUCCUGAGGAGAUCCACUGGACGCCUGGCGACAGCAAACUUCAUGACAUGUCGGCGGAGGAAGUGGCCAAUCAGCUGGUGGUGUUCGACUGGGAACUUUUCAGCUGCGUUCAUGAGGUGGAGUUCAUCUGUUACGUAUUUCACGGCGAGCAGUCGCGCUGGCGCCCCCUAAACCUGGAGCUGGUACUGCAGCGCUGCAGCGAGGUGCAGCACUGGGUCGCCACGGAGAUCCUGCAGUGUCAGUCGCUGCCGAAGAGGAUCCAGCUGCUGCGCAAGUUCAUCAAGAUCGCAGCGCUCUGCAAACAGCAGCAGGACCUGCUGUCCUUCCUGGCCGUGGUUCUGGGUCUGGAUAACCCAGCUGUCAGCAGACUGAGGCUCACCUGGGAGGGUCUCCCAGGGAAGUUCAGGAAGCAGUUUCAGCAGUUUGAAAGCCUCGCUGAUCCCUCCAGGAACCACAAAUCCUACAGAGACCUGAUGACCAGCCUGAGGCCUCCGCUGAUCCCGUUCACCCCGCUGCUGCUAAAGGAUUUGACGUUUCUACAUGAGAGCUGCAAAACGUUCCACGGAGAAUUCGUCAACUUUGAGAAGAUGCAUAAAGUGGCUGAGAUGGUGAGAACCAUCAGGCGGUUCCGAAGCUCCCAGCUGGCCGUAGAUACGGAGACGUCCCCCUCACACCUGCAGACCAAGGCCUACGUCCGUCAGCUGCAGGUGAUCGACAACCAGAACCUGCUGUUCGACAUGUCCUGCAAGCUGGAGCCCAAAGACACGUAGAGGAGCAGAGGAGGCAGGCGGAGGAAGAGGAGGUUCAGGACAUCAGACUCACAGCCGCUCCUUUUCCUCCUCAUCCUGCUGAACCCAAAACUCUCCUGCUUCUGUGCUGCUGCUGCCGACUGAUCUGCAUCACUGGAAAAAAACCAGAACCAUCCGGAUCGACCCAAAACCUAAAUGCUGGUUCCUAACGCACAGCUGGACCGCGUUUCAGUUUGGAUCGGACCGAUUCUCUGCAGCAGAAAAAUGAAAAUCAGACAUCAGCCUGCCUCUAAAAUCUGCCAUUAUUAGAAACACUUUGCUUCUGUCCUUUAAAGUUUAAAGUUUCUCUAAGUCUUUGGUUAGAAUCAGUUCCUCUCUUUCCAGAUGUUCUUAAGUGAGAAACAUCACUGGAUCAGGCCUCUUCUAUUAUUCCCCACUAUAAAGUUGUUUUUGAGCCCUAAAGGAGAUGAGCUGCUGGUGAUGGGAAUCUUUCUUCACCAGUAGAUGGCAGUAUUUGUUUAGUUUUUUUCCUUUAAAUGAGUCAUAGCUGGUAUUUCACAGAUAAAAUCCUUCUGAAAUUUUCUUUUAAUUCACGUUUGAUUUAGGGCUGAAACAAUGAAUGCGAUUAAUCGUGAUUAAUCAAUUAUUUAAAUAAUUAUCAACUAAUUGAUUCAUCAAUAAAUCAUUAACUUGAGUAUAGAGACUCUAAAAAAUGCAUUUAGCUGACAGAGCAGCC